AUGGCAUCAUCUUCCAACAAUGGUCUUGAUGAUUCUUUUGAUGACCUUAUUGAUGAUAUUAUUGAUCAAAAAUGUGACGAUCUGUUCGACGCUGUUCUUGAUCGUCAUACCGCAGCAAAGCAAAAGAAGAAACGCGCAUAUAUUGAAAGAGAACGCGAACAAGGUCAUAUCCGCUUAUGGAAUGAUUAUUUCUGUGAAGGUGCAACAUACCAGCCUCAUAUUUUUCGACGCCGUUUUCGAAUGACCAAAGACUUGUUCUUGCGUAUUGUUGGUCGCCUCUCUAAUGAAGUUCCGUACUUUCAACAACGAAGAAAUGCUCACGGAAGGUUUGGUCUAUCUGCACUACAAAAGUGUACGGCAGCAAUUCGUAUGAUGGCAUAUGGUUGUGCGGCUGAUGCGGUUGACGAAUACCUCCGACUAGGUGCAAGUACUGCACUAUUAUGCUUGGAAAAUUUCACAGACGGAAUAAUACAAUUGUUCGGAGAUGAAUACUUAAGAAGGCCCACAUCAGAUGAUCUUCAAAGACUCCUCGAUAAUGGAGAGGCGCGGGGGUUUCCCGGGAUGAUAGGAAGCAUCGAUUGUAUGCAUUGGGAGUGGAAGAAUUGUCCUACCGCUUGGAAAGGGCAAUAUACACGUGGUUCUGGAAAACCGACAAUUGUUUUGGAGGCAGUAGCAUCACAAGAUCUUUGGAUAUGGCAUGCGUUUUUUGGACCUCCAGGUACCUUGAAUGAUAUUAACGUUCUUGAACGUUCACCUGUUUUUGAUGACAUUUUACAAGGUCGAGCUCCAAAGGUGCAAUACUGGGUGAAUGGACACAAGUAUAACUUGGCUUAUUACCUCACUGACGGUAUUUACCCAAAAUGGGCAACUUUCAUAUAA